UUGUGCGAGCAACUUCAGUCCUUCCAGCAGCAACAGAAACCAGCUACCCCCUCCAUAGCCCCUUCGUUCCAACAGUACCUUCCUCCCUCCAACAAGGGUAGCUGUGUCGUCGCCCACCAUGGGCUAGGGGAGGUGGUGGUUGAGGCUCCAGAGAGCAACAGCCAGGUCAGCACCCCAAUCUGGCCUCCAUCAGGCAUUGCACCUGGUGUGACGCUCACGGAGUACCCGAGUGGAGAAGAGAAACCCGCUCUGCCACCUUGGACGGAUGGCAUUGGCUGCGAGCGAAGAAACAAUGCUUCGAUCAAUCGUGAUGCUGCAAAUAGAGCAUCCUGGCCUGUGGCAUCUUCACUUCUCUGGGCCGGCCUAGAUGGCUUUGUGAGUGAGAGUGAGGGGGAAGAGGGUAACAUAUCCCCUAUUGGACUUCCCCAGUACCGCCGCCAUUCCACAGACACCACACACCUCAACCUCUGUGCCAAUGCUCCUCCGGUCACCAAAACCCGGAGCUCAGACAACAUUUCAUCAGCGAGUGGCAAUGGUGAGGCAAGUGGCACCAAGAAUGGCUGCUUAGACAGUAAUCUUCAGCGACUCCUGCUGCUCAACUCUAUCCUGCCAUCCUCGUCCCCCCCAACACCAACCUCCCAGUAUUCGCUCUUCAGUCCCACCAGCUGAACGACAACUAAAAAAAAAAUUCUUGUGUAAUCUAAUUUCUUCUGUAUGAGUGAGUGCAUUCACAGCAAUGGACAGCUUGGCAGCAUUUAUGCUUUGGCAAUGUACAACUAGUGUCAUUCUUGGGGAGAAAUCUGUCCUGAGUGUUUACCUCAGAUCUCAAGGGGAGAGAGGAAGGAAACAGAGGCAAAGACAAACCACAAAAGGUCUUCAGGAGACAAGUAGUAUUAUAUUGUUUCCAUAUCCUAUUUAGGUUUGCAGCAGAGGAAGCAUAUACUGAGGCCUGCCUUGCACUUACCCAUUGCAUUAUGGUUGUAAGCUCAACCUUGUGAAGCAAACUAGAAACCUUACAACAUCACAUUCAAACAUGACCUCAGACCAAAUAGAUUUCAUUAUACUUCCAGUUUUGUUGCCAUUAGUUCAGCAUGGUGGAUGGAAGGGUUGUGCCUUGUGAGAUAGUUGUUAACCUGUGCAUAAUACUAAGAGUAGUCCUUGGUGAUAGUAGAAGUGUUGUCAUUUUUCUCCUGAGUAAAUAUAUAAUUUUUUCCUUCCCCCAGGUUAGUCUAGUAAAUUAGUUUAUUCUUGAUAUGCAUGUCAGUGUGAAAGUGCUGAAUUGGCUCUGGCAUGUCAGGAACAUGUGCUGCCCAAUCCAAAAAAUAGUGAUGACCACAGCUAGGAAUUUAAGGGUUCCAUGCACUGAAUUACAACAGAAUAAAGGACUAUUUCAUAGAUGUUUGUAAUUUGUAAGUUACAUGGACAGGAAAAGUCCAUAAUCAAUUACAUGGAUUUGUGAGAGGAAGGGAGAUCUUGUAGUUGCAUUACCCUUAACAUGUGAAGUUAAUGCAACGGGGAGAAUAUAGCAGUGGCAGUUAAAAUGUAUAUAGCAUUAGCA